CAUCAUUAUUAUCUAUGAAGAUACAAUUUCUUUUUAAUGUCCUUGUGGCUGGGAAUCCUGCUCCCCAGAGCCUCUUUUUCUCAUCAAAAACAUUUAGGAUUUGGUAACAUUUUAGAUGUAGACACCUCUCAUCCUGAGUAAUUCCAAAGCGCUUUACUAGUUGUGAACAUAUUGCCCUGUUCAAAUGCAGCCAUUUCUGCGGUGGAAGGCAACAAGUUGGUUCAUAGUGCAGUGAAGGAAGCAGAAAAUAGGACUGGGUGAACUUGUGUUUUCAGGGAGUUGUGGUUUGGGAUUCUAAUGCUUAGACUACUGAGCACUAAGGUGGAGAUUUCUCUGGAGGGAGGGCAGUUUGUAACUGGAUUAUAAACAAAAUCAGUAAAAUGCUGGAUGUGUAUUAGUUCAGAACUUGUUUUCCUAAAAUAUUACUGUACACAGUAGAAAACAAAAUAGCUAGUUCUAAUCAGUGUAGAACCAGGGGCUGCUUCUUGUGAUGGGUUUUGUAUACACAACAAAUGUUCCUAAAAAAAAAAAAAAUCAUGGUAAUUCUUAGAAUGUUCACUGCAUAUUUGCAGAGCACUGACGUUCUCAUUUUGUAUGAUUUUGUAUCCUAGUGCUUGCUGAUCAGGCUAUCUGAGGCUCAGAAAAUGACAAGGCAGAGCUGACCUACAGGUUUUAAUAUAUCCAUAUGAUGCAAAGAGAAGAGUAAUCUUUGACGUGUCAGUUUCUGUAAAAGAAUAUAAUUGAAGAUUAUGUUCGUUAUACAGACACUAUAGAUUAAAAAGUUGGAGAUUCGUCAUCAUGAAUUCUACCCCUCCAAUCAGUUACACUAUUCCUGAAAUCAAACGCCUACACUGUAUCCAGAGUGAGUUGAGGCUACUGCAAAAUAGUAGUCAGUCAGAGCUGGAUGUUACUGAAGAUCUGAGAAGGAAACUUCAUCAAGCCAAAAAAGAAAAACUGGAUAUAACGACUAAACAUAACCAAGAUCUGUCCAACUAUGAAAGCCAGAUUGCCAGGUUGCGAUCUGAAGUUGAGAAAGGAGAGGCCAUUCGACAAAGUCUGGAGUAUGAACUUGUCAUUGCCAGAAAAGAUGCUGGUCUUGAAAGAUACUCUGCAGAGGAAAAGUUAUGUGAAGCUAGCAAUCGAUUUCAGCAGCUGCAAGCCAUGAAUGCAGAGCUUCAACAGAAAUUGGCUGAGACCGAGAAAGUGUUUCAUAUUUCUCAGCAGAAUUGGAAGGAACAGCAGCAAAGACUUACAAAUGACUUAGAGGAGAAAGAUAACAUCCUUAAGACCUGUAAUAGUGAAUAUGAGUUACUUCUGAAGGAGAGGACUGAACUGGAAAACAUUAUACAGGAGCGGAACAAUGCACUGCAAAAUAUGCAUAAGAAAAUACAAGAUCUGGAACUGGAACAUAAUGACUGCACUGACAUUCUCCGGCGACAGGCCAGUGAACUUGAAUACAGUACUGAACGAGAGGAGAGACUUAAAAAAGAUCUUGAAGCAGCUACUGUGAGAGUGAAGAAAUUGGAAGAAAAUAUUGAGGCAGAGAGAGCAGCACAUCUGGAAUCCAAAUUUAAUUCUGAAAUUAUCCAGUUAAGGAUUCGAGACCUUGAAGGAGCUUUGCAGGUAGAAAAAGCCAGCCAAGCAGAAGCUCUUUCUGAUUUGGAAAUGAUCAAGAAAGAGUUCAAAGAGGUGGAAAAUGCAUAUGAGAGAGAGAAACGUAAUGCCCAAGAGAGCUUGGAAAAACUCAAUAUAUUCGAAAAAGAGUAUUUUUCUACAAACAAGCAACUAAAUGAAGAGAUUGAGGAAAAGAAGAAAGUAAUUACACAUCUCUCUGAGAGACUCCAGGAUAAUGAAAAAAGUUGCAAAGAAUUACAGGAGGAACUUGCAAAGGCCAAGAAACGCCAGGCCUUCCUAACAGAGAUGUGUGAAAACAAUGUGAGAGAACUGGAGUUACUCUUGGACAGCUUUACUAUGUCAAGCCAGCGGACAGCAGGCAGUCGCAAGGACAAAGAUAAACCUCCAAGCCUCUCUGUUGUCCUUGAGACUUUGAGGAAUACCUUGACAGAUUACCAGAACAAGCUGGAAGAUACAUCUAAUGAGCUAAAGAAAAUGAAAGCUUCAUGUGAGAAGAUGACAAAAGAGAUUGACUCAUCCAAACAAAAAAUAUGGUCUCAAAGUCAAGACCUUAAGGAAGCUCAGGAUAAUCUGGCUGAUGCCAAUGAAGAGUUAAAUCAUCUACGCACUAAGUGUGCAGACAGAGAGGCUUUAAUAGGCACUUUAAAAAUGGAACUGCAGAACGUACUUCACUGCUGGGAGAAAGAGAAAGUCCGUGCCACAGAAUCAGAAAAUGAAAUCCAGAAGCUUACCAGGGCUUACCAGAAGGAUACGGAGGAGAAGCUAACCUUCCUCCAUACUUUAUAUCAGCAUUUGGUAGCAGGCUGUGUGCUUAUAAAACAACCAGAAGGCAUCCUGGAUAAAUUCUCCUGGCCUGAGCUUUGUGCAAUCUUGCAGGAGAAUGUUGAUGCCCUGAUCUUAGACCUCAGCAGGGCUAAUGAGAAGAUAUCUCAUCUAGAAUAUAUUUGCAAGAACAAGUCUGAUACCAUGAGGGAACUUCAACAGACCCAGGAAGACACUUUUAACAAAGUGGCUGAGCAGAUGAAAGCACAGGAAAGCUGUUGGCAGAAACAGAAAAAGGAGUUGGAGCAGCAGUACUCUGGACUCCUUGGGGAAGUUCAUGCAAGGGCACAGAAAUAUCAAGAAAUUGCAGAAAAAGCCAAGGAAAGAUGUUCUGUCAUUGAAAAAGCACGAGAGCAGUUGGUCCAUGAAAAUUCACAAUUGAAAAGUAUAUUAAUGCAGACACAAAAGGAACAUACAUCUCUGCUGGCUGCCUGUGCACUAAUGGGUGGUGCCUUAUAUCCUCUAUACAGCCGAUUAUGUGCCUUGUCUACACAAAGAGACUUUCUCCAGGAUCAGGUCCACACCUAUGAAGUACUCAAACAGGAAAUUAGGACUCUGGUCUGUGCUUUGUCUGAUGUAGAGGAAAAGAGGCAAGAUGAAGUGAAGAUAAAGAAAAAGCAUUUCAAAGGCAUGAUACAUGUAUUCCGGAAAGGUGUUAUUGCAGUUCUGGCAGCACACAGACUUCAAACUUUGGGACAGUCAAGUAGCUCUCUUUUCUCCUGGGUAGAUGGUUUCAAAGAAGGCAUAGGAAUCCUAGUUUGCAUAGGAGAGGCCAAGGGGAAACACAAUCUAUCAAAACACCAAAAGGAACAAAUCCAUUGUCUUCAAGCACUCAACUGGUUUACUAGUUCUGACCUUCUUGCCGCAAUAAUCAGUUCGGUGGCUGAAUUACAGGAAGUUGUUAGCAAAACAGAUCCAAAUUCCUGGCUUUGUGGACACUUACUCAUAAGUGCAGCCAGGAAUUCUUUUUCAAAACUCAUGGACAAACUUAAUGUGCUAAUGGAGACUAUAGCAGUGGACAGCAGCAGGACCAUCACAUAUGUAGAGAAGGACUCCUUGGUUCAAAGACUGGCUCGUGGACUUCAUAAAAUAAAUGCACAGGCACUAAAAGCUGGACUAGGUGAUAGAAUACCCAUUACAAAAAGCAUAGCAUCCUUGCAGAAGCAAAUAUUUGAAUUUACACAAAGGCUGCAUACAGCAGAAGUGGAACGCCGUUCACUACGCUUAGAACUCACAGAAUUCAAACGGAAUUUGAAUGAGAUGAAAAAAGAGGCUGACAAAGCCCAGAGCCUGCAAGAGCAAUUAAAUGCAUUUAAGCAAUCUAAAUUGAUCACCCAUGAGAGGUUUGAAAGUGCAUGUGAAGAACUGAAUAAUGCAUUACAUCGAGAGCAGCAGGCACAAAUGCUUCUGAAUGAGCAGGCACAACAGCUACAGGAGUUAAAUUAUAAACUGGAAUUGCACUCAAGUGAAGAAGCGGACAAAAACCAAACCCUAAGUGAAGCUGUAAAGAGUCUCUCCGAGGCAAAGAUGGAGCUGAGAAGAAAAGAUCAAUCUCUCCGUCAGCUCAAUAGACAUCUUACCCAGCUGGAGCAGGACAAGCGUCGACUGGAAGAGAGCAUCCACGAUGCAGAGAGUGCCCUCCGCAUGGCAGCAAAAGAUAAAGAAUUAAUUGCCAGUCAUAUGAAAUCUGUGGAAGCCACCCUACAGAAGGUCAGAGAUCAGAUCUCGCUGUCACGGACUGCGGCAACCAGGAAUGACUUCACCCUGCAGCUACCCAAACUGCACCUGGAGACCUUUGCAAUGGAAGGGCUGAAGGGCGGGCCAGAGGUUGUAGCAUUUCAGGCUCUGAUUAUAAGUUUUAUGGAUGUCUACCAACUCGCAAGCUCCAGAGUUGCUACACUAGAGAGAGAAAUAGCAUCUCAUCGACAUCACAUUGCAGCCCUGAAAUCAGAACUCCAAACGGCUUGUCUUCGUGAAAAUGAAAGCUUACAAUCAACAUUAUUACUGCAAAUGAUAUCUGUGCUCAAUAUGGAUUUGUUACUCAAAGAACAGCCCGGAUAUUUGGAUAAUCAUUUUCUAAACAGGCUUUUUUUUAUUAUGAUUUUUGGAAGCAUUCCAGUAAUAAUGCAACAGGCAGGCAACGGAUUCAGAAAAAGCAAACAGAACUUGUAUUACAUUAGUACAUCACAUUACAGCACAUUAGAUGCAGGUGGGAUUUCCAAAACUUCUCUGCAAUGCAAAACAGUGCUAAAAACUCCAUGCUCAGACACAAAAGAGAGUUGACUUUUCCAUCAUUUUCUGCAAACAAAAGCCAAAAGCCCCAAUGACGAAGAUGGGACUGUCUGCUGAAGGUGGAAUAAAUGCCACUCAGAGGCUGAGUAACAAUGGCUCUGCUGUGCUCACACUAGUGAACUGAACAAAUCAGUACAUACGGUAUUACAAAAUACAGCUAUGGAGAGCAAAACAAGACCCAAAGACAGCCAAUCAAAGAAGAACUCCCAAUCAAAGAAGGACUCAAAUUGGGCAAUGGAAAUGGCAGAAUCUUUCUCUGUUAUGUUUGAACAAGACACUGGAAAUGGCAGUGAGAAUUCGCCAGUUACUUCCGAAGUUCCCUUUUGAAAGCUCGCUGUGCAGAGUGGUGUAAAUGAGUAAGCAUCUGUCAUGUACAGGCAAAUUAAUUAGAAUCGAGGUAUAUUUCUGCUUCUUCUUUGUAGGGGAGAAAGAGGACGAGCAGCGUUACUCUACCAUAGCAUUAAAUGCAUGGCAAAAAUUACAUUAAACGUGUGUGUGUGUGUGUAUAUAUGAAUCUGUACAUUGUUACUAUUAAUUAUUUGUAUUAUGAUAGCUCUUAGGAGACCUAGUCAUGGGCCGGGAUCCCGCCUUCUAAACUUUGUAUUUAUUAAUGUUCUGGAAUAUCCCAAAUACUCUCUUUCUCAAUGUGGCCCUUUGCAGUUCUUUUUCCUCAGCACCUGGUGAUAAUACCUUUUCUGGAGAAAAAUGGUGCUUAUGAUGUUGGCAUGUCUUGCUUUGUGCUUGAAGAUGUGGGUUUCAGUGCUUUGUAACAACAUAUAAAGGAAAGAGAGAAUUCCACCAGCUCCUAGCUGAGCUGAUUCAAGGAAGGCUGAUUUGUUAGUUCUUGAAAGGUGUGAGGAACUAUGAAGCAACAGCUCAAGUGACUGCAGAGCUUACGUUUUAAUGGGUAGACUGUUUCUGAUGCUAGGGCCAAAUUUUCCUGGUUCUUUUGUGACAGCAGAAGGCCUAAAAUGCAGUGGAAUGGCAACAAUUUUGCUGUGCAGGCAGGCCAGAAAGUGGAAACGCAGUGCAGGGAGACUCACUGACCCUUUGCACACUGGAGGGCUGAGCACUGUGGUGACUUUGUCUGAGGGAAUACACAAGGGAGUUUAGGUUAGACUAAAGGUGGUAACUGCAGUCAGUGGGUCUAUGAUAUAAGAGGAUUCACUGGCCACACACUCCAUGGGGCUGGGGACAGGAGGCUAUGUAGUACUACAGCAAUCCACAGCAAGUCUGUUCAAGUCCCCAGUGUCCUGCCUCCAGAAUGAGGAAGGAUUCCAUACCCAGGGUAUCCUGGCUUUGUGUGGAUACCAGUUCUUCUCCUUUGCAUGGAAAUCUAUGGAAAUCAAAUUAGGGCAGUGUCAUUGCAAAUAUGAUACACGGGAAAAUCACAUGGUUCGUUCCUCAGCAUCUCCCAUUACUUACAUUUUAAUGAUGUAAAGGGUAACCAG